GAGGAGGAUGAAGAGCGACGGAAGAGGCGCGGGGGGAAACGGCUGCGCGGCACCCGGCUGCGUGCUCCCAGCCGGCUGUGCUGCCUAAGAACUAGUCGAAGCUACUUAUGGAAUAAUAAUUCACGGAGAGCUACAAUGGAAAAGUCAUGGAUGCUGUGGAACUUUGUUGAAAGAUGGCUCAUAGCCUUAGCUUCGUGGUCUUGGGCUCUCUGCCGUAUUUCUCUUUUACCUUUAAUCGUGACUUUUCAUCUGUAUGGAGGCAUUAUCUUACUUUUGUUAAUAUUUAUAUCAAUAGCAGGUAUUCUAUAUAAAUUCCAAGAUGUAUUGCUUUAUUUUCCAGAACAACCUUCAUCUUCACGCCUUUAUGUUCCCAUGCCCACUGGUAUUCCACAUGAAAACAUUUUCAUCAGAACCAAAGAUGGAAUCUGUCUAAAUCUUAUAUUGAUCAGAUACACUGGAGACAAUUCACCAUAUUCCCCAACUAUAAUUUAUUUUCAUGGGAAUGCAGGCAACAUAGGUCAUAGGUUACCAAAUGCGUUGCUUAUGUUGGUUAACCUCAAAGUGAAUCUUUUACUUGUUGACUAUCGAGGAUAUGGGAAAAGUGAAGGAGAAGCAAGUGAGGAAGGACUCUACUUAGAUGCUGAAGCUGUGCUAGACUACGUGAUGACUAGACCUGACCUGGACAAAACAAAAAUCUUUCUCUUUGGCCGCUCCUUGGGAGGAGCAGUAGCUGUUCACUUGGCUUCUGAAAAUGCACAUAGGGUUUCAGCCAUUAUGGUGGAGAACACGUUUUUGAGUAUACCACAUAUGGCCAGUACUUUAUUUUCAUUCUUCCCAAUGCGCUACCUGCCUUUAUGGUGCUACAAAAAUAAAUUUCUGUCCUACAGGAAAGUCUCCCAGUGCAGAAUGCCUUCUCUUUUCAUCUCUGGACUCUCUGACCAACUAAUUCCACCAGUGAUGAUGAAGCAGCUCUAUGAACUUUCCCCCUCGCGGACUAAGCGAUUAGCCAUCUUCCCAGAUGGAACUCAUAAUGACACGUGGCAGUGCCAAGGCUAUUUCACCGCACUUGAACAGUUCAUCAAAGAAGUCAUCAAGAGCCAUUCUCCAGAGGAAAUGGCCAAAACGUCCUCCAAUGUAACGAUUAUAUAGUGUAUCCUUUGUUGAUUAACACACUAUUUUAAUUUGUGCAGAAUGAAGAAGAAUGUUUCUUUCUAGAAGUGUUAUGUCUGUACUUGUCUGAGGAGUGAUAUUAAACUUUGAAAGGACUUUAAUGCUCCUUUAUGAUGAUCCAAAUAGUUUUUUACAUUUUAAGGACUAUAAUUCUUGGGAUUAUUUCAUACAUUUUCAUCAGAAAAUUCAGUGUGGCUCUGUAUAUCUUUAGUUUAAUAUGCCAGUAUAAUAGAGAUCUCUGAAGUUCCUUAUUGCUAAGGAAAAUAUGAUCUGUGUUACACUUAAAUUUGUGACUGGGAGUAGAAAAGGUAAACCAGGAGCAUUGGCUAUUAUUCCUUUAGUAAAUAUUGGGACAAUCAUGGUAAGCAAACUUAGUUCUGUAACUGCAUUUUUCACAUUAAACAUUAAUAUAAAAUGCAUGACGGUAUUUUCUUCCUUGAAUUAUGCAACGCAACAUUUUUAAUGUAAAUAGCACUGGUCAGAUACUGGUGUAUAUUGUUACCUGGGUUAUAUAUUUUUAUGUAAAAGAUUUUGAUUUUGGCAAGAAAUGAAAUUGAGGCCUACGUGCAGGUUGCUAGUCAAUAUUGCUCUGGUGAAUGCUGACAUCCAGCUUUUUUUUUUGUUUUACAAAUAAAUUGAGCCCCAUUUUCCAAUAUAAAUGUACCGUGUUUUUGUUAGGUACAGGUCUGGAUCAUGGCAUGUAAAAAUAGAAAUCUAGACUUUUAUUGCAGCUUCAGUGUGCAUAUUUGAACUUUUUAACAUUUGUAAUUUUGGUGGCACCAAGAAUUUUAGCUUAUGUCAAUUUUGUAAGUCUACAGCUGAACCAGUGAUAGCAGCCAUGAUAAAUAUUAGAAGUUAUUUAAUAAUUAGAAAAUCUUAUUAUUACAUCACUGUACAUACUAUUUUACAGAACUUCCCACACGUGAUUUUUAAGUCCCAGUGUCUCAUCAUCGGGUUGCAAUGAGUCAGAAUGAACUCAGUGGCAGUGAGCUUGUUUUCUUGAGUUUUGUCUAGGUAUAGCUAACCCACCAAUUAUUGGGCUUCGUAAAAACAGCAACAACUGUUACCAAAAAAUCCAGUUUUUUGAGUUAAUAGUUUAUUUUCCUUGAAGUAGAACUGUUGGACCAAGAGACAGCUUGUUGAGAAAAUUUAUUUUACAUGUAGGAUUGUGGAAAUGAAGGCAAUAUAGAGUUUUUAAUGCAACCUGUUACCACAUUUAACGGUUCAGUGGCUGUAAAUGGGAGGUAGUGUUUUGAUAUAAUGAAAAGUGAAAAUGAAAAUCUUACUUAAAAAGAUAGCCCUUAAAACUUGCAGGCAUAAUCAUGCUAUAUUGUUUUAAGAAGUCUUCAAUAAUUAGAUGUAAAUGAGCUCUGUGCAUUAUUAUGUCAGCUUUACAAUAUAUUUUGAAACUUAAAGCUAUAGAUACUGGCUUUUUGAAAGUAGCUAGAUCAGAAAAAUAAUGAGUUGGUAAUUUUGACUUUGAUUUCAAAUUCUUUCCAUGGAGAUAGGGCUAGAAAUACUUUGCCAAAUAACAUUAUUCACGUCAUGCCAGUAUUUAGAAUAUUAAAUUAUAAUAAAUAUAAUUUCUAAAGAAUGUUUUUUCUAUAAAUGAUUAUGCAGUUUGCUUUUUUAAAAAGGAAUUGGUAACAACAUAGAAGGUGUAUUUUGUAUGUAUAAAUUCACCCAAAUUAAAGGCUACUUUGCAUCUUGUCAAAUCAUUGUUCUGUAAAAUGACUAUCUUAAAUAAUAGUGUAUUGAAAAGAAAAAACUAUUAUAAAAUGUAUAUUUAGAAACUACCUUAUCUAGGAUACCUUAUAUUUGUAACAUUCUUUAAAGUUUACAAAAUACCACCUAUUCUUUCCUGUGGUCAUUUUAGUGUACUGCACAAUAGAAGGUUUGAUCACUAUCUGUAACUAUGCGAUGAAGCGUAAACACUUGUUCUUCAUCAGUAUUUUGUUUCUAUUCUCUUAUUUUUGUUUUUGGUACAGCAGGCUUACAACCCUUCUUUUUUUAAUGCUGAGAGUAGAGAUAAAGAGGAGUACUUAGGUACCAUUUAGUACCUUAAUCUCACUGUAAAGUUAAAGCACCUUUUUUCAAUACAGCUAGGAAAUUUUAUCUAGAAUUGAAUCACAUCUUUAUUUACCAACUUCUGCUUGUGACUGUUUCCUAAGAGAAAUGGGAAAGGAUACAAACUCUACUAGCCAGGGCUUUGUGUUUUAUUAAAGCAUUCCUAAUUUCAUGACCCCCAAAAUUGUUCCAUGCAUGAAUUCUUUAUGAUUUUCUCCAUUUAGGAACUAUAUCAGUGAUAAUGGAAGUUUAUCUUGAAAAGUAAAUUUUGGCUCAUUAAUAUAAAAACAGCUAUAGGAGUUUAUGAAUUUUGUGUUAAUGAAAAACUAUAUUUGGCAAACCUAGAGUGAUUCAUAAGUACAAUCAGUACAUGAUUUAUUUAGAAUAAAGUCCAAAGGGGAUUUAUUGAAAGCAAACUUGUAAUUGACCUAUAAAGUAUAUGAGAAGAAAUUAUGAUGGUGCAAGACCAGUAGGAUUGAAACUACUAGAAAAGGAAAUGUUCGUUUUAAAAUUUAGGAAUAGGGAAUUAAUUGAAGAGAUUGAUGAGAAGGAAUCAACAAUGCAAAGCAAAAGCAUAAAGCUUUCUCACGAAGUGGGGGGUAGUUCACAGCCAUUACCCUCUGUUUUUACAAAUACUUUUAAGAAAAUUAUAUUUAUCAUUAAAACGGUAUUCUAAAUAUUCUUUCUGAAUCUCUGGGUGGGUACAAAUGGUUAAGACUGGAUAGCUGGCCAGAAGGUUGGGUGGUCAAAUCCACCCAGAGGCCCGCCCCUCAGAAGACAGACCCGUGAUGUGCUUCCCAAAAGGCACAGCCUUGGAAACCUGUGGAGUGGUUCUGCUCUGCACAGGCGGGCCCUCCGUUCAUUGCUGCCAACUUUUGUUACAGGACAGUCUAAAAUAUUCAUCACACUCAGCAAUAGAUACAGUAAUUCUACACAUCUAGCACAGUUUUACUGAGGUAGUUCACACGUUGUCAUCCUGGUUGAGAAUUCAUAUCCUCUGAGGCGCCCUGGUGGUGUAGUGAGUGCUUCUCCAUUGGGCUGCUAACCUCAAGGUCAGCAGUUCAGAACCACCAGCAACUCCAUGGAGAGUUGGAACCCUCCAGGGACAGCUGCCCCCUGUCCUCACAGGGUCAAUGUGAGUCAGACUCGCCCGACGACAGUGAGUUUGGUUUGAGUAUGGAUGCUUAUAUGAAUGCUAUGCUUAUGACAUUUGAUCUGAAGUAAAAAUAGGUUUGGUUUGGUGGAAUUAAAGAAUGAAGACUAGUCAAUUUUCUAUAAAUAAUCUUGCAAACUCUGACAGCUUAGUUUACAUAAGAGUAGUUUAUACGAUUGAGUCCCUCUCCAUCCUUGAGGUUAAGAAUUUAACUUCUAAGUAUGUAAUGGAAAUCACUUUGUCUUUUAGGUCUUAAAUGCGAUCUACUGAAAUUCUCCACUGGUCCCUGUUUUGUUUGUGUUGUGUUUGAUAACUAUUUUUUAAAAGGAAAAGAAAAAUUAAGUCAAAUAAUUCUUUCCGAUUAUCUGCUUAUAGUUAGGUCUUUUCAUAUCACUCAGGUAAAGUUGGAAAUGAAGAGCACAGACAUCUAUUUUUUAAAUCAACAGAGUAGAAAAUAGAAAAUACUCUGUUUAUUCAUAUUGCCAUAUAUAUGGACAUUAACAUUUUGCUAAUCAGAAAUAAUAUGUUCACUUGUCUGGUGAAACAAAUGCAAAUAGUCAUCCGAAGUAGUCGUGAACACGUUUUUUGCCAAAUGGCUCAAAUAUACCUCCAUUUAUAUUUUGUAUCUUAAAAUGUAGAUUUAAAAUUAGAACCAUGGAUAAGACUUUUUUUUGUUAUCAAAAGUGCCAUAUUUACAUAUGUAACAGGGAUGACUGUAUUAACAUAAUUGAUUAUUUUUUGUCAGUACAGCAUAUAAUGAAAAUUCAAGUUGUUUUCAACAUUUUCAAGUUCUUUCAUGGUAAAAUCAGAAUUUAAUUUCAAGAAAUCAUUUUUUGUUAUUUGCCAUAUUUCAUUUGAAGCAGUAAUAAUUUUGUAACUAGAAUUUAAAUAAGUUAUCUAUAAGUUUUGUGUCAACUGUGGCAAGCAAACAUUUACAUUUGGGUUUUUUUACAAUAAAUUUCUUUUAAAAUAUGCUUUCUAUUUUUCUGUACUGACAUAUGCAAUAAAUUGAUACGUUAAAAGAUUGAAUAAAGUCAAGAUAGUUUGUAUUUAGUCUCUUGUUCUCAUCUUCUGUUAAAGCUGCAUUGAAAGACACUAAGUUUCUUUAAUGUUAAAUAAAAGUUCUGAAUUUGUAGUGAAAUCAAUAUUUAUUCUCAUAACAGUGUGGAUAAAAUAUAGAACUUAAGUUUA